AACAACGUCAAAGGGCUGUUCCCUGGAAGCUCUGCGGUACCGCGGGGAGGGGGGCCGGCAGCCGGGGCUGGGCUGAGCCGGGCACGGGUCCCUGUGGGUGACACGGGUCCCCGUGGAUCACACGGGUCCCUGUGGAUCACAGGGAUCCCGGUUACCCGGAUCCGGACACCCGGAGCGGCCGUGCCGGAGCGCGCAGGCUCCGCGGGGCGGGCCCAGCCGGAGCUGCCGGAAGGGCUAUGCCGGCCCUCGCCGGGUUCCGCCGGGUGUUGGCGGCGCCGGUGCGGAGCGGCGGGGCCAUGCCCGGGAAGGGCAAAGGAGCCGCCAAGGGCUCCGCGGGCGCGGACGGCGCGGCGGGACCGGUGGUGGCGGCGGGCGGCGGCUCCGUGAGGGUGGCGGUGCGCGCCAAGCCCGGCGCCCGCUGCAGCGCCGUCACAGAUGUGACAGCUGAGGCAGUAGGUGUAGCUAUUGCUGCACCCCCGUCGGAAGGGGAGGCAAAUGCAGAGCUGUGUCGCUACCUCUCUAAGGUGCUAGAAGUGAAGAAGAGUGACGUUGUUUUAGAGAAGGGUGGUAAAUCACGUGACAAAGUGGUGAAGAUUUCGGUAUCAAUGACACCAGAUGAGAUUUUAGAAAAACUGAAAAAAGAAGCUUCCAGUUGACCUAAAACAAGAGGAGGAAAUGGGACAAUGCAUCUUGGUAAAUGGACUGAUACUCUUUCUUACAUAAUGUAGUGCUGUUGAAGAGUGUGGGUAAUGACUACAGAAAAAUACUUCUUCCUCCCUUCCUCCUUUGUACAUAUAGCUCCUGUAUCGUUGAAGUUUUUUGUGUAGGUUUGAUUAGAAAAACUUGUCUUUCCUGAGGCUCAGUAUCCGCUUCUGUCACUACAAACUUUCUUCUGCUCUGGAGAGUUUCCUGUUGGUAAGAUUUGUCCUCUUUCCUGGUCUCUAAACAAGUGGUUUAGAAAACUUGUUUCUUAGUGAAACAAACUUUGGUUAACUAAGUGAAAGGCUUGGAGUGACAGGCUUCCAUGUGAAAAGUGGUACAAAAGGAUGAGUCUGGAUGGUAAAGACCUUAGAAGAAUGUCCUGUUUGGUAUCUCGUGGCGGGUACUGUGUGCAGCUCUGCACUGUGGGCACUUAUGGGCAUCUAAAAUAAAUAUAUUUGAAGCCAAUGCACUGCUGUUGAUCACACAGGCAAGCUAAAAGCAGAAUCACCUGAACAACUGAAACAAACCUAGAAGUUUUCAGUAUGAAAAACCAAUGCAGAACCCAGUAAUGGCACACCUGGUGUCACUUUGCAAUAGUCUGUAAUUAGUUCUCUUAAAAGUAGAGAUACGAUCAUAUAUAUAUGUAUAUUUGCCAAUUGUAUGUCAAGUAUAAUGACUUUUUAAUAAAAGGAGGGAAAAUAUUAUUAAA